ACACCGCCAAAGUCACGUGACAACUAGUUUCAAAAAUGGCGUUUCUUUCACGAUGUUUUUACCGUCGGAAGAGGAUCAUUGUUAUACUGAGCUUCGUGUCCAUGUUCUGGGUCAUCUACCUCUACUUAUCUAUUCCUUCACCGACAACAGGUAAAAACCAGGAGCAUGUGAACCAUAUAAAAGAAAUUAUAACACUACGAAAGAUUAUAUCCACAACAGUACAUACGAAAUCAUUAUCACAGGUGCCAAUCAAAUUUACAAAACCUAGCAAACCACCCUUGAAAAAUAUCACCAAAAAUGAAACCAUCGUAAAAAAAAGCCAAUUAGACAAAGUAUUACAAAUUGGAGAGACAUUAAAAAACAAAACACUGGAAAAACUGUCAGCGAUUGGUGUGAUAAAGACUCGUCCAGUGAUAAAGUUUAUAAGCGAGUCUUUCAAAUUAGAUCUGAACAUAACGAUGAUAGAUCUUGCAGACUUCAUGAAAGACACUCAUAACUUGAACCAAGUCAAAUUAACGAAAGGAGAUAUAAAAAAAAAUAUACCUUUGCAAAACAACUCCACUAAACCAGUGUCAAAUGGUACUGCGGCCAGUCUGCUAACGAACAGUUUCUGUCGGUGCUUUCACGUGCAGUGUGUCUGUUGUGCUUGGAUUAACAUGACCAAACUGCAUCUUAGUGAGAAAGCAUGUGCAAAUUUUACACUUUUACCAAAAUUUCAAGAAUUUGCAUUCCGCUUUGUCUUCAACAACAAGCUUGUCUAUAAUCAAACUAUCACAGCUGAAAAUCCUCCACUCAUCUGUCUCGGCUCAAAGUCUAAAGCUGCCGAGAUCUGUGUGAAGUUCUCCAAUGUGACAUUCCAAGUGAAUGUGCACGAAGAACACAAGACCCAACUGAACGGCUGCGCUAGUUUCAACCUGAACCUGUUUAACCGGACAAUCGGCGUCUACCCAGUUGGCUGCUUCCAGAUCCCCGACAACAACAAACAUCUCGAACGCAACCAGCUUGGCAACUGGAUGCCAUGAUGAGAAGAAGAGGAAGUAGAAGUAACAAGGAGACACAGUCACCCAACCAGUGAACACCCCUCACUGCAAGCUUGAGAUAGACUCUUCUGAGCAUGAAUGCAUGUGUGAGUGGGUGAAACCAUGAGCAUGUGUGUAUGUAUGUAUGCAUGGGCAUAAGUACAUGCAUGCCUGUGUAUAUGGAUAUGUAUAUACAUUCUAAGAUGACUGUUAUGUUUUAAUUUGUUUUGUUUAUUUAAGAAUACCUGUUCUUUGUCUCUCAUAUAUCUGUGUGUGUACGUGUGUGUAUAUAUAUAUAUAUAAAUACACAUAUGUAUAUAUAUGUGUGUAUAUAUAAAACUUAACCUUGUUACAUUAUGACAAAUUGAGUGUGUGUAAGAAUUGCAUUAAGGGUAACAAAUGUAUGUGGAAUACAUAGUCACACUAAAAUUGAACACGUGAUUCAUUAUGCAUACACAUGUGUGUUUGUAUGCAUGUUUGUGCACACACACGCACACACACACACACACAAAGUGGAAAUGAAUGCACUAGGUGUGGCAAAAUUAAUCUUUUUUUGGCUGUGGCUCUUAAUAGUUUUGGCAUUAAACUCCCUCUGCUGUGUGAUCCAGUAGGGUUCUAUGCAGCCCAUAUGGGGUUAUGAUGUAAUGAAAAAGUGCACGUUUAAUUAUGAGGGAAAAACCUGAAGUGUGGGUUUGGUAUUCCUGCAUUUCGUCAGUUACAUAUGCAACAGAAAUGUGUGUAACAGAUGAAAUGAAGAAA